AUGAUGCAAAUACAGCAGCAGCCAGGGCAUCAUCAGGGCCAUCAAGCGCCCCCUCCUCCACCACCCCAUCCCCAUCAGCAAGCCGGCCACUUCCCAUCAUCAGGUCAUGCCAUCGCGGCCGCAAAUGAGGCAGUAUGGCUGCAGAUCGGAAGCUGUUCCGAGCUUCUACGCGUCCCAGACGAGGCCAUGCACGCUUACGAGCGCGCGCUAGGGGCCAACAACAACUCCAUCCCAGCCAUGAAUGCCAUCGGCAUGCUGCUUAAGGGCCGCGAGGCGUAUGACAAGGCGCUGGAAUACUUCAGGGCUAUCACGCAACUCGACCAGACAAAUGGAGAGGCUUGGGCAAAUCUUGGUCACUGCUACUUGAUGACGGAAAAUUUGCAAAAGGCCUACGAUGCGUACCAGCAGGCGCUAGUAAAUCUUCGAGAUUGCAAGGACCCAAUGCUGUGGUACGGAAUAGGUAUACUAUACGACCGCUAUGGGAGUUUUGAAUAUGCCGAAGAGGCGUUCGGCCAAGUCAUGCAGUUCCAGCCCGAUUUUGAAAAGGCGAACGAAAUAUACUUCCGCCUUGGUAUAAUUUAUAAGCAACAGUCAAAGUUUGCACAAAGUUUAGAUGUUGGUGACCCAAUCCGCCUUGCUACCAGCUCUUCCAAAACUGACAUCGGACAUAGUGCUUCAAAUAUAUUGUCUCCUCACCACCUUCGCCAUUGUCGCAAGACGACAUCUGGUUUCAAAUCGGACAUGUUCAUGAACAACAGAAAGAUGUAUUUCUGCCUCUCCGGCCAAUUUGAUAAUGCCAAGAACGCCUACAACCGGGUUUUGGAAAACACCCCGAACCAUGCCAAGGUUUUGCAGCAGCUUGGAUGGUUGCAUCAUCAGCAAAGCAAUGCAUUUGAUGUUCAGGAGCGUGCUAUUCAGUACCUCGAGAAGUCUGUUGGAGCAGACAACCAGGACGCACAAAGUUGGUACCUGCUGGGCCGAUGCUACAUGUCACAGCAGAAAUAUCCUAAGGCAUACGAGGCCUAUCAGCAGGCUGUUUACCGAGACGGAAAGAACCCAACCUUCUGGUGUUCUAUCGGUGUCCUCUACUAUCAGAUCAACCAGUACCGAGACGCACUUGAUGCAUACUCGCGCGCUAUUCGUCUGAAUCCUUAUAUCUCAGAGGUUUGGUACGACCUCGGUACAUUGUAUGAAUCUUGCAAUAAUCAAAUCACAGAUGCUCUGGAUGCCUAUCAGCGGGCUGCUGAGCUCGACCCUGCGAACCCCCACAUUAAGGCGCGACUGCAGCUUCUGCGAUCGGGAUCUAGUAAUGGCGGACCCCCACCAGCUGCUCCCCAACCUGCCGAUGUGCAUCCGCAAGCCUACCAGACCACCGGACCAGUCGGUCCUGUUGCACCGUCCUGGGCUGGACCUGCUCAACAGCCUCCUAGCAACGGACCGCAUCAUCAACAGCAAGGAGGAGCCGGAGACAGCUGGGCUCGGGGGCUUUCGGGCGUCAACCCACCACCUCAACCUCCUAAUCCUUAUGACAACCGUGGUGGCGAUGGCUUCCGUGGAGCUGUGCCUCCUCUGCAGCGCCAGCCUACUCCUCAGCAGGACCAGCAAAUGCGCCCAGCUUUCCCUGAGCCUGGUCGCUCUGCACCACCACCUCGUCGUGGUCCGUCACCUGGUCCUUCUAGCCAUCAAUAUUCCCAGCCUCCUCCAUCGCAGCAACAGCAACCACCACCCUCACAAGGUCCGGCUCUCGGCCCUGAUGCCCGUGUCCCGAAUCCUAACUGGGGUGGCCAAGUCCCUUCAGUGGCAUCAGCUCCUCCCUCGGGUCAUUCGAAUGGAGUGAAUGCACCUAACGGUGCAACUCCAUUCAGGGCUAACAACAGCCCGCGCCCCGACGGUAGACCGCCUCAUGAGAACCGUAUACCUUCUCCUAAGACAGCCUACCCGCAACACCCACCUGGUCCUCCUUACAACCAUCACUCAGAAGCACCGCCUCAAGGUGCUCCUGAGAGUGCUCAUCCUCCCCCUGCUCCCUUGGCCGAGAGCCACCCACAGCGAACCGAGGAGCGGCCAGGCUCUGCUGGCCCCAAGCGAGUUCGGGAGUGGGAGGAGGAAUCGGCCGUUAAGAAACAGGCGAACGAGGAAAACCGUGCUCGCCUUGAGGAUUUGCGUCAUCGGCGACCUUCAACACCUCCACGCGAGCGUGACCCCUACCGUCGCAACUCUUCUGAGGCGAGACGUCCGGAAGAGCCAAGACGGCCUGAGGAGCCACGCAACGAGGGCUACCAUCCCAGUGAAGCUGCUCACCACUCGCAGAACCACUCUGUUGGCCCGCAGAAUCACCACCCAACAAUCCCACAGGGUCCGGCAACUGUUUCUACUCCUAGUUCUGAGAAGCCUCCCCAUGCCCCCCCUGCUCCUAAGGAUGAGCGUGCGGCAUCUGGGGAGCAGCCCGCAGCUUCUCGUCCUGCAGCCCCUACCAGUGAGCCGGAGCGGGCUGCAAGAGACAUUAAGAUCAAUGAUGACUACGACGAUAGUGGAGAUGAUGAAAAGAAGACGGCCGUACUGGCCAACGGGUCCGGACCCGGAUCUGCUUCGGGAGAUGCUAAAACAUCCACACCAACAAACGGUGCUGUUAACGGGACUCCGGGCCCUGCACCGAAAACUGAAUAA